CUGCUGAUUCCUUGCGUAGCUGCUGGCCGACGCAAUGGCGACCUACGAAGGUUUGAAGGUUCUGCUUGACUGGUUCAAGAGCAAUGGAGGCAGUGUCCAGCCACAUGUCGAGUUUGCGAGCUAUCCUGACAUGGGCUGCGGCAUGCGAGCCACGAGCAAUUUGCGUUCAGAAACCGAACUGUUUUCAAUUCCUCGCUCGCUUGUGCUCUCCGUACAUACUUCUCCGCUGCCCAAAAGUCUACCGGAUUGGUCAGAGAUUAGUACACAAGGCUGGGUCGGCUUGAUACUUUGCUUGAUGUAUGAGCAAAUUGAUCCAGCGUCACAUUGGAAACGAUAUCUCAACUCGAUGCCGACUUGCUUUGACAGUCUCAUGUUUUGGUCAGACGACGAGCUCAGAGAGCUACAGGGCUCCUCUGUCCUGGACAAGAUCGGUCGAGAGGAAGCAGAAGGAAGCUACUAUUCCAUCUUGGUGCCGUACUUGUCCAAGCACGCCGACAUUUUCAAACCCCUGGAGGCCUACAGCCUGGCCCUUUAUCAUCGCUGUGGCAGUCUGAUCCUAUCGCGCUCGUUCCACGUCUCGAAUCAAGAUGACUCAGCAAGCGAUGCGAGCGAUGACGACGACGCAGCUUACCAUGAAGUCGAAACCGUCGGAAUGGUGCCAAUGGCUGAUGUUCUCAAUGCAAAGUCGGGUUCAGCCAAUGCAUGCUUAGUGUACCAUCCCGACGCGCUAGUGAUGACGACGACGAAAGAGAUUGCGGCAGGCGAGCAGAUCUUCAACACUUAUAAUGACCCGCCAAACGCGGAUCUACUCCGCCGUUAUGGUCAUGUAGACGAGGUCAAUCUGAAUGACAACGUCGAAAUUUCUGCCGACCUCAUUGGCUGCAAAGAUCUUGAACGCGUCGACUGGCUCCUUGACCGCCUAGACGAUGUCUACACUCUUACACAAGCCGAGGACCUGCCCGAGGAUUUUAUCACUGCUGUGAAAAUUUUGACGGCCAGCAAGUCAGAGUUUCGCAAGAUACAGAAGGCCGACGAUCUGCCUGACGACGUUCUCGACGAGGCUACAGCAAUGCGCGUAAGAGAAAUCUUGCAAAUGCGCUUAGCACAAUACAGCUCAACAAUCGAGGAAGACGAAAGCCUACUGGCUAGUUCCACAAUGCUGACGUCCCGAUCCCGGGCUGCCUUACUCGUUCGUCUGGGCGAGAAGCGCAUAUUAGCGGCUCAUUUCGCACGGCUUCCGAUGCCUGAGCUGAGCUCGCGCGAAGGCAACAAACGCGCGUUGAGUCGCAAAGACCAACGAGAAGAGCGCAAGCGGCAAAGGCGGGACAGUUCGUAGCAAAAUGCAUCUAUUAGCUCUACGUCGU